AGUGCGAUCCGCUUCGGCUGCCGCCGCCCCCAUCUCAGCGUCGCCCCCUCCCGAAAAAGGCCGAAGGGUCGCCGCCGACGCACGCACUGCGCACUCUCAGAAACCCCACGUCCUCGCGCACCCAGGCGUCACCGACGUAAACGUCAAUCACGCCGGCUCUCCGCGGCGUUGACGUGCGCUGACGGACUGCGCAUGCUCCGAGGAGAGGGCUCGGGGAAGGCUCCUGGUUGCCGCUGCUGUAGUGAUGGCUUCCAACGAAGUUGGUCUCCGCUGUCCGGAUCCGCUGAACUGAUCUGCGGAGUCGCGAAGGGCCUACCUUGACCGAGAGUCGUAAGAUCAGAUACUACGGGCAGUAUUUGAAGAUGGCGCAGAACUCUGUGUCCCUGUCCGCCGGCGAUCGAAGGAGUCGGGUGGCUUACCUUAGCUCUUCCCACGGUGACCUCAGCUCGUCGGCCUUAGCGUUGGCAAUGGUCUCCGGAGACAGCUUCCUCGUUACCAGGCCCGAGGCGAUUCUUCCAGAACCUGUUCCUCGAUCCUCCGUGCGGCUGAACUUCCGGACCGAGAGCCGUCGGGCGCCUGGUGGCGGCCGAAGCCCGACCCGCUUUAACGAGGGAAGGGAACUGGAGGCGCGGAGCCGAAGCCGCCAGGCCAGAUUCUCACCUUACCCGGGCCCUGCGGUGAAACUCGACCUUCUAAGAAGUGUCCUGCAACAGCGUCUGGUGGCACUUGGAGGAGUUAUCGUAGCCCGUCUUUCAGCUUAAAACCAAUACCUUCCUCGGCCCUUCAAUUAGCGUGUAAACAAGGCCUCUCUCUAAAAUACAUUCUUGGUGCAACCGAA